CGCCAGAAACCAUUCUCAAUAAUUCUGAAAUAAUAGAACGUCAUUUUGUCAAUCGCUAGGUGAAAAAAAAAUAAUUUCAAUACUUUUCGACAGCAAAUAGCGCUUUUAAUGGCUUCAAGCAAUGCGAAAAGUGUUAAAUCCUCCACUUUUGGUUCUAGUUCAUCGGGUGGUGGAAACAGAACUGGUGGAAAAACCGGCCCGGUUUCCUCUUCUUCGCAACCUGAUGUUGACACUGGCAUCGUAGGCAUAAACAUACCACUGAUAAAAGUAAAAGACAACAGCAAACAAUUGCCUACAUAUCAUGCGGCACUACAGCGUUCGGCUGAUGAUAACUUGGCCGCUGAAGAUUUAGACAGCAUACAACUGGAGCUUGAAACACUGCUCUCAAGUGUCGCACAACGAUAUCGUGUUUUAAAAUCAGAAUAUGAAAGUUUGGAUAAAGAUGAGCGCCGAAAUGAACGACGUACCAAACAUGGCGCCAGUGGUGAGCCAACAGCUGCUGGUGCAGGUAAUUCAUCCAGCGGUAAACGUAAACGUGACGAACAAUCAAGUGUACGUAAGCCCAAACACACACCCGCCUCAUCGCUGAAACACAGUAAACAUGCAAAGAAUAGUCCAGUAGCGCCGAAUACAGAUGACAGUAUGGAUUAUGUUGCACCAACAGGUUCACACCCUCACGGCCAGAAUCGUGAUCAUCAUUUACAAAAGGUUGCGCUGCCCAAAAACGAUACGCCAAAUAAAUUUUGGCUUUCUGUCGAGCCAUAUUGUAUGCCAUUGACAAAUGAAGACCUUCGUUUGUUAGAUGACCUCCUCGAUCAAUAUUCCGGUCCAUUGGUGCCACCGAUACCAGAGCUAGGACCACAUUACUCCAGCAUUUGGGCGGCCGAGGAUUUAAAGGAGGUACAACAAGCUUCUAAUCCGAAUUCCAAUUCUAAUCGCUUAAAGCCGCAAAACAGCGCAGCAACGGGUAUGCUUAAAAAGGCAGAAUCCAUGAUGGACGAAUGUGUCACCGGUCCAUUAACUCAACGCCUAGUCUCUGCACUACUCGAGGAACAGUUAAUACAAAACCCCAGCGAACUGACAGCUGCUGCAGUUGCUGAUAGCAGUAAUAGUAGUAGCGAAAACACACACUCCUCAGCACAAAUGAAUUUCCGCUCAUUAUCACUACUACGCAAUUGUAUUGAUAUUGAAAAACGUGUGAAGAAAGAAUUAAUCGAACAGGGUAUAUUGGAUUUAAAUGAUUUUCCAAACAACGAUGAUGACGAGAUACAUGCUGAAAUAAAACGUUUGAUAGCAGAACUUUCUGCUAUUGCUGAACACAAUGGCACGGCGUUGAGGCGGCUGCAUGAAGCUGCUGCAGAAGAGAUUAAGCGGUUAGAAAUCAAACGCAAACUCGACACCGUCGAUCAAGAAAUACUCGAGGCAUAUAAGCGUACAAUGCAAAAUAAAGCAAAACGUAAACCACUAAGUAUUGAAGAGCAACAGGAAAUUCAUCGUUUAACUUCGGAACAGAAGACACUCUCCGAUCAGCUAGAGCGAUUGCAGGCAAAUUGUUUUUUAUAUGAAUAGUUUUUAGCCACCACUAGUAGAGAGCAAAAUCCGCCAACUAUGCGUGUUACAAAUACAGCACCUGUACGCUCAAUACUAGUGGCGCUAUUAAAUGAAAAAUAAUUCAAAAAUUCAAUUUAAAAUAAUUUGAUUGCAAUCACAUACAUAAUUCCGCUCUACUAGUUUACUGAUUCUUCUAUGAACCUUAAAAAUUCAAUUAAAACUUACUGCGGCGAUAUGACUGGACGCACCUCUGCACUGUAUCACAAACAAAAACGUAAUAAACUGAGCUUAUGCUGAAAUAUUGAGAAGUUAAAAAA